AAAUCGCGUUAAGCGUGUGUAAACCUAACCGGCGGUGAUCCUUUUUUCCGAUCGUGUUUCUAGAAGCUCCCACAUAUAUCUCUCUCUCGCGCUCCCGUAACGACCGACUCUGGCGAGAUAGAUAUUGAUCCGACGAAGCUCUUCAGGUUUAUUGAAAUUGGAAAAUUCAGAUUAAAGCUUCUGGAAUCACUCAGAGGAGUUGAAAGACCCGAACCCCUAAGAAACCAAGGAAAGUAAUUGUUCUCAUCAGAAGUUGUUGUCGAACGGCGAACCGGUGGUUAAUUUCACUGUGAUUUUUGGAGUUUUUUGCUGAAUCCGUCCACUGAGUAAUAAUGGGGGUCGAUCCAUUCAAAACUACUGACACGUUAGAAACCGAUAAAGAAACCGGUGGUGGUGUCCCUGUGAAUGAUAAAGUGACUUUUACAGCUCCUGAGAGGAAGUCUCGUUUAGGUUUGGAUGUAAGGGCAAUUGAGAAAAGGGAGAAUGCCAAGAACCAGGGGGACUUCAAGGUCCCCAAGAAGUCAACAAUAUCCUUUACAUCAUCUUUUGAUGAAGAGGAUAAAUCUGAUGCAUCAGGAUUAGAUCAUGGAGCUGAAACCACAACACAUGACCAUUCCAGCAGACGGUAUAGAGAGAAGUCUUCAAGAUCUGAGACUGCACAAGAAAGUACCGUGACUACAGAGAAUGCUGCAACUUCAGAUGUUUCCAUGACUCCCAGGAGUUUAUCUAGUACUUCUAGAUACGAGAGAGCUGAUAGCAAUAGACGUCGAGAUGAACAUAGGCGUGACAGAAGUGAAACUCCGCGGUCAAGACAGAGAAACACUUAUGGUGAGAUGGAUCACUACCGAGGGAGGGAGUCUUAUCGCCAAGGUGACCGAGACUAUCAUGGAGAAAAGCGUGGAAGAUACAACAGCGAUAGGAGGACUCCAGGUAGAUCAGACUGGGAUGAUGGAAAAUGGGAAUGGGAAGAUAGUCCUCACGGAGAUAGAGACUCUAGUUACAGCAAGCGACAUCAGCCUUCUCCAUCACCCAUGUUAGCUGCAGCUUCACCUGAUGCUCGUUUAGCCUCCCCAUGGCUGGAUACACCACGUUCAAUAAUGUCUUCUGCCUCUCCAUGGGAUAUUGGUGCACCUUCUCCUGUUCCUAUUCGGGCUUCUGGAUCGUCUAUCAGAUCCUCAAGCUCUAGGUAUGGUGGAAGAUCAAAUCAACCUGCUUACUCUAGGGAAGGUGAUCUGACAAAUGAGGGGCAUUUAGAUGAGGAUAGAUCGCAAGGAGCUGAAGAAUUUAAACAUGAGAUCACAGAAACAAUGCGUGAGGAGAUGGAUAUUCAGUCAGAUCGUGCAUGGUAUGAUACAGACGAAGGGAACUCACUGUUUGAUGCGGACAGUACAUCCUUUUUUCUUGGAGAUGAUGCUUCGCUACAGAAGAAGGAAGCUGAGCUGGCAAAGAGAUUGGUCAGAAGGGAUGGUAGCAAAAUGUCACUUGCGCAGAGUAAAAAAUAUUCUCAGCUUAAUGCGGAUAAUGCUCAGUGGGAAGACCGCCAGCUUCUCAGAUCUGGAGCAGUUAGAGGCACAGAAGUGCAGACUGAGUUUGAUAGCGAAGAAGAACGGAAAGCAAUUCUUCUUGUACAUGAUACGAAGCCUCCUUUCCUUGAUGGAAGAGUCGUUUUUACAAAGCAAGCGGAGCCAGUAAUGCCUAUAAAGGAUCCCACAUCAGACAUGGCAAUAAUUUCACGAAAAGGAUCAGGUCUUGUCAAAGAAAUUCGGGAGAAACAAAGUAUGCAUAAAUCACGACAGCGGUUCUGGGAGCUUGCAGGUUCUAAUCUUGGUAAUAUCCUUGGUGUUGAAAAAUCAGCUGAGCAGAUUGAUGCCGAUACUGCUGUAGUUGGUGAUGAAGGUGAAGUAGAUUUUAAAGGUGAGGCUAAAUUUGCACAACAUAUGAAGAAGGGAGAAGCUGUGAGUGAUUUUGCCAUGUCAAAGACCAUGGCAGAGCAACGACAGUACCUCCCCAUAUUUUCUGUUAGAGAUGAACUUUUGCAGGUAAUUAGAGAAAACCAGGUGAUAGUGGUGGUUGGCGAAACUGGUUCGGGAAAGACCACUCAACUCACACAGUAUCUUCACGAGGACGGGUAUACUAUAAAUGGUAUAGUAGGCUGCACCCAACCAAGGCGUGUAGCAGCCAUGAGUGUUGCAAAGAGAGUUAGUGAAGAGAUGGAAACAGAGUUGGGUGAUAAAGUGGGGUAUGCGAUUCGUUUUGAAGAUGUAACUGGUCCAAACACUGUUAUCAAGUACAUGACCGAUGGAGUGCUACUGAGAGAGACCCUGAAAGAUUCCGACUUGGAUAAGUAUCGUGUGGUGGUGAUGGAUGAAGCCCAUGAAAGGUCACUCAACACAGACGUCCUUUUUGGAAUAUUGAAAAAAGUUGUGGCUCGGCGUCGUGAUUUCAAGUUGAUCGUCACGUCAGCAACCCUUAAUGCUCAAAAGUUUUCCAAUUUCUUUGCAAAGAUUUUCCAGAAACCAGAAGAUGGAGCCCGUAAAUGCAUUGUUGCCACCAAUAUUGCUGAAACAUCACUGACAGUCGAUGGAAUAUAUUAUGUGAUUGACACGGGGUAUGGAAAGAUGAAGGUUUUUAAUCCUAGAAUGGGUAUGGAUGCUCUUCAAGUUUUCCCUAUAAGUCGUGCAGCCUCUGAUCAGCGUGCAGGGAGAGCUGGAAGGACAGGGCCGGGAACAUGUUACAGGCUGUAUACUGAGAGUGCUUAUUUGAAUGAAAUGUUGCCAAGUCCCGUGCCAGAGAUUCAGCGUACAAAUCUGGGUAAUGUUGUGUUGUUGUUGAAGUCGUUGAAAAUAGACAACUUGUUAGAUUUUGAUUUUAUGGAUCCACCUCCACAAGAGAACAUCCUCAACUCUAUGUACCAGCUUUGGGUGUUGGGUGCUCUUAGCAAUGUUGGAGGAUUAACCGAUCUCGGGUGGAAGAUGGUGGAGUUCCCAUUGGAUCCGCCUCUUGCAAAGAUGCUCUUAAUGGGUGAACGGCUUGAUUGCAUAAACGAGGUUCUGACUAUUGUGUCAAUGCUUUCAGUACCGUCAGUGUUCUUCAGACCUAAAGAAAGAGCAGAAGAGAGUGAUGCCGCAAGGGAGAAGUUUUUUGUGCCAGAAUCAGAUCACUUAACGCUAUUGAAUGUAUAUCAACAGUGGAAAGAGCAUGACUAUAGAGGAGACUGGUGCAAUGACCAUUACCUACAAGUCAAAGGUCUGAGAAAAGCUAGAGAGGUAAGAUCCCAGCUUCUGGAUAUCCUCAAGCAACUAAAGAUACCACUCAAGUCAUGUGGACCGGAUUGGGAUAUUGUGAGAAAAGCCAUCUGUUCAGCGUAUUUCCACAACUCAGCCAGAUUAAAAGGUGUUGGGGAGUAUGUGAACUGUAGAACCGGGAUGCCUUGCCAUUUGCACCCGAGCAGUGCACUGUACGGUCUGGGAUACACACCGGAUUAUGUGGUGUACCAUGAACUGAUCUUGACCACUAAGGAGUACAUGCAGUGUGCUACAUCGGUUGAGCCACAUUGGCUAGCUGAGUUAGGGCCUAUGUUCUUCUCGGUCAAAGACUCGGAUACAUCAAUGUUGGAGCAUAAGAAGAAGCAGAAGGAAGAGAAAACAGCGAUGGAGGAAGAGAUGGAGAAACUGAGAAGAGAUCAGGCGGAGUCGGAAGUGAGAAACAAAGAGAAAGAGAAAAGGAAAAGGGCAAAGCAGCAGCAACAGAUUUCAGGUCCUGGCUUGAAGAAAGGAACUACUUACCUCAGGCCUAAGAAGUUUGGACUGUGACAUUUGUAAUGUAAAAAAACAGAGCGAAAACUUUACCGGAAAAGGGAAAAAAACAAAAAAAAACAGCCAAAAUAGAGCGAACUGUAAUCAUCUUGUGUCUGUAGUAUAUUUCUCAGUGAGAAUAAUCUUGAUUGUUUGAAGCUUGUAUUGAAUUCUUUAUCGCUAAUUAGUUUAGUUGAAACCCA